CCCCACAUCCCCCCCACCCUCUUCAUCCUCGCUCCCCAGCGGCGCCGGGGGGGGGGUGUCAUGGAGCGCGGGUGCGUGAUGGACACCUCGGAGCCGGGCAGCGCCGCCGAGGAAGAGGAGGAGAAGAGCAUGGAGCCCCGACCCCGCACCCGCUCCAACCCCGAGGGGGCCGAGGACCGGGCCCUGAGCGCCCAGGCCAGCGUGGGCAACCGCAGCGAGGGGGAGGGCGAGGCGGCCAGCGCCGACGAUAGCCCACAGGCCACCGCCGCCCCCGACGGCACCUCCUGGCCCGGCCCCCCCGCGCCCCACGCCGAGGUGCAGGUGAAGACACCGCGGGUGAAUUGUCCCGAGAAGGUGAUCAUCUGCCUGGACCUGGCGGAGGAGAUGGCUUUGCCCAAACUGGAGUCCUUCAACGGGUCCAAGACCAACGCGUUGAACAUCUCCCAGAAGAUGAUCGAGAUGUUCGUGAGGACGAAGCACAAGAUCGACAAGUGCCAUGAGUUCGCGCUGGUGGUGGUGAACAACGACGCCACGUGGCUCUCAGGGUUCACCUCGGACCCCCGCGAGGUCUGCAGCUGCCUCUACGACCUGGAGACCGUCGUCUGCAAGUCGUUCAGUAUCCCACCGCUUGUGGGGCUCAGCCAGCAGAAGAUCGAGCUGCCGGUGACGGAGAACGUGCAGACCAUCCCACCGCCCUACGUGGUCAGGACCAUCCUGGUGUUCGGCCGCCCCGGCUGCCAGCCCCAGUUCUCCAUGUCAGAGCACAUGAAGAAGAUGCUGCAAUGUCCCUACUUCUUCUUCGACGUGGUUUAUAUCCACAACGGGGUGGAGGAGAAGGACGACGAGACGAGCUGGAAGGAGAUGUACGCCUUCUUCAGCAGCCUGGACACCAAAGGCACCAACUACAAGUACGAGGUGUCUCUGGCGGGGCCGGCCGUGGAGCUGCACAACUGCAUGGCCAAGCUGCUGGCCCACCCCCUGCAGCGCCCCUUCCAGCCCCACGCCGCCUACGGGCUGCUGGGGGACGAUGAGCCCCCCGAGGUGGAAGCCACCGUCUGAGAGCCCGGGGGGGGGACACACGGACACACACCAGGACAAGGAGGAUUUUUUCCUGGGGGGGGAGAUGGCCCACAAGGGUUGUGGCCGGUGUGACAUGGGAGGGGGGAAAGAAAAGCGUGUCCCUGAA